AUGGAAAACGAGGAACUCUUCGCGGGUGAAUCCGCGCUCGACGCACAGCAACAAGCCAGGAACAUCCGUCUCACUGCAGACGCACCCAAGCAACCUACCCUGCAGGUUCAUAGCGAACCGCUGCUGGCCGGCGAUGAUGUUGACGAUGAAACGCCACCCUACGAGGAGGAUGAGCGCGAUAUCGAUACCCGACCGCGAUGGAGGAGACCGUCCAUUUGGUGGCUGCUACCAUUUGGCCUUCUAUUUAUGUUGGGCUUUGGAGGGCUCGUCGUACCCAGAAUCAACCUGAUAAUGACUCUGAUUUGUCGUGAUUAUUUCUCCGAGAGAAUGGCCAAAGACCCUAAUUUCACCGUUCUUCCCGUCAUUUUCGGAGAAGAUAAUGCCCAGUGCCGAAUCCCCGAGGUCCAGUCUCUCGUCGCCCAGUUUCAGCUUUACCUCAAUCUAAUCACCGGAAUCCUCUCCGCAUUGGUCAGUCCUCGACUGGGUCACUUAUCGGAUCGUUAUGGUAGGACCAGAAUGAUCGCACUUUGUGCCAUGGGUACUGUGCUCAAUGAAGUGAUCACCGUGAUUAUCGCUUCGCGGCCGGAGAAUAAGUCGAUCAGACUCCUCUUCAUUGGAGCCGUGAUGGAUGGGCUCGGCGGUUCAUUCACCACGGCGCAAGCUCUGAUUCAUUCCUAUGGUUCGGAUUGCACGCCGCCGGACAAGCGAAGUGUGGCAUUUGGCCUAUUCCACGGCGUCUUGUUCCUCGGCAUCGCUGCUGGACCCAGUGGUGCUGCAUACCUGAUCAAAACGACCGGGAAUGUUAUAAUCGUCUUUUUAAUCGGCCUGACAUUUCAUGCCGUCUUUUGCCUGUCGCUCUUUUUCAUCGUUCCAGAGUCUCUCUCGAAGGAGCGACAGCGCGUUGCUCGUGAGAAGCACCGUAUCAAGCAGACAGACUCUGAAGCUACCAAAUGGUAUUCUUGGAAGACCCUUAACCCGAUGAACCUCAUCACGCCACUCUCUAUCCUUCUACCCGCUGUUGGACGACCGAGUGUAUUAUUCCCCAAUCGCCGGGGUGCUAGUCCUGCUCUUCGACGAAACAUCAUUCUUCUUGCUGCAAUGGAUACAGUGUGCUUCGGCGUCGCCAUGGGUACUGCUCAGUUGAUCAUCAUCUAUGCCGAGUACAUGUUCAACUGGGGUAAUGUGGAGUCGAGCCUGUUCGUGUCCAUCAUCAACGCGAUCCGUGUGGUCAACCUAUUCGUCGUUUUUCCCAUUGUUGCGCGCUUCUUCGGUACCUCGACUGCCAACGAUAACACUAUCCGCGGAUCUGACAUGCUGGACAUCGUCAUCAUCCGCCUGUCCAUCUUCUUCGACGUUUUGGGCUAUGUCGGGUAUGGCCUAUCGAAACACCCAUCGAUGAUGAUCCUUUCCGGAGUUAUCGCUUCGUUUGGUGGAAUGGGUGCGCCAACCUUACAGUCAUCUCUCACCAAGCACGUGCCGCAUGAGCGUAUUGGCCAAAUGCUUGGUGCUACGGGCCUCUUGCAUGCGCUUGCACGAGUUGUCGCGCCGACUAUCUUCAAUUUGAUUUAUAGUCUAACGGUCGCUACCUACCCUCCGACGGUAUUUGUUUGUCUGGCGGCAGUAUUUGGUGUAACUUUCUUGAUGAGUUUACUGAUUCGGCCACAUGUCACUCUUGUGGACGAGGCUGCUUCGGAUGUACGGGCUGAAGCCAACGAAGAUGGAGAAGACGAACAUGAUCAGCUCCUCCUAUGA